AUGAGUGAUCAGGGAGAAGGUAUUAUUUGUCAUGAAACUCAUGACAGAUACAGUAACGCUGUUGCGGAUGAAGAUGGGUGCUAUGAUGCAUUAUCACAAGAAAUGGGGGAAUCACCUGAGGGCACGAAGUUAUGGUUUCCUAAAGUAGAUGCCAAUAUUUGUCCAAAAGUUGGUGAAUUCUUUUCAUCGGUUGACGCCGUAGAAAAUAUGUAUAAGAAAUACGCGGACGUUGCUGGGUUUGAUAUCCGACUGGCCAGCAAGAAAAUGAACUUGUUGGGUGAAGUGCAAACACGUUAUUUUGUUUGUAGCAAAGAGGGUAUUCCACCCAAAAAGGAAUUUGAUUCUUUAGAAGUUUCAUCGGGUGAGAAGAGAAGACGUAAUACAAAUUUCAAACGUACUGGUUGUAAAGCUUGCCUAAAGGUACACUAUGUCAAAGAGAGUGGCCGGUACGAGGUUUAUCAUUUCAUUGAGUCUCAUAAUCAUAUGCUUUGUCGUUCGGAUGAAAAGUUGUUCACCCAUUCCAGACGCCAACUUGACUACAAGGAUCAUAAAAAUGUUUACCAUGCAUCCAGCUCUAAAGUUGGUAUCACUCAAUCACGCAUGAUGCAGUUGGCAAUUAACGGAGGUUUAGUAUCAUCUGGUGGGACAGCUAGGGAUCAUAUGAACUUUAGAAGAGACAUAAUGUUAUUCGUUGGUAACAAAGAUGCACAAAUGCUAAUAAACAAGAUGAACAAACGGCGUGAACAUUGCCCGGAAUAUUUUUUUGAAUAUAAGUGUGAUGAGAAGGAGUUGAUUGCAAUUUUUUGGGCAGAUGAAACAGCAAGGAUGAAUUACAAACAUUUUGGAGACACCAUAUCGUUUGACGCUACAUUUCGGACAAAUAAGCAUGCAAUAAUUUUUGUACCAUUAGUUGCAAUUGACAAUCACAAGAAGUCCGUUGUGGUUGGUGCUUCAUUGAUUAGAAAUGAAUCAAUCGUUAAUUUCACUUGGGUAUUGAAGGCGUUUAUGAAAGCCCACGGUAGUCAGCCGCAGUUUAUCCGUGAUCAUUUAGCCCAUGGAACCCCGUUUAAAAGCAAGUUCAACAAACUCGUAUGGAAUGUACACCUAAGUCCCGAAUAUUUUGAGGAGAAAUGGAAUGCAUUGAUGGAUGAGUUUGGACUGCGGGGUCACUCGUGGUUCGAAGAAAUGUAUGCAAUAAGAGAAUCUUGGAUUCUAGCGUACUUCAAUGACUACCCAAUGUCUGGUCUUAUGAAAACCACUUCCAGUCAAAGGAAAGAACAUUGUUCACUUGAGGUUGCAACUAGAACUACAAUACCUAAAUUGUUGUCACCGUCCAAAAUUGAAGCGCAAACAGCGAACGUGUACACAAAAACAAUGUUUUUUGAGGUGCAAAAGGAAAUGAACAAGGCAGUAUGGUUUUGUGGGGUCGUCGAUGUAGUAGAGGUAGGGGAUAAGAUGAUUUACAGUAUUACACAUAAGAACAAGAAUUCUGAGAUCAAAGCUACGUACAAGGUGGUUCAUGAUGUAGGGGAUGAUUCUUUUGAUUGUAGUUGCAACCAUUUUGUUCGCAAUGGUAUAUUAUGUCGCCACGCGUUUAAGGUAAUGUUAAAUUCUGAGGUGCAAUAUAUACCCGAGAAGUACAUCUUACCGCGAUGGAGACGAGAGUUAGUUCCCGUAGAGUUGUUGUCGGCUCGUGUUAGGUAUGGUGAAAUGGAUGUUGAGAAACAAGCUUUGAUCAACCAGGCUACGUCAAUGUUUGAUCUUAUUAUUGGGCGUGUACGGAAUGAUAAGGAAGCGUUGACAGAGUUUGUGGAACGAUUGGAAUGUUUGGGUGAUGAAAUUUCGGUGGACAUUCCAGUAUUGACAGGUACUGAGCAGAAGAUAAAUGAUAUUCAAGAGCUAUUAUGUGUUUCCGAACCUGAAUCGGUUGAUGUCUUACCACCAACAGGGAUACGUAAUAAAGGUUGUGGGACCAGAAAGUGUCUUGUUGGUAUGUCAGAGAGGAUAUCCAUGAAUGCAAAGAAGCCGAAAAGAUUGUGCAGAACUUGUGAUAAAAUGGGGUGGCAUGAUUCCCGUAACUGUCCAUCAAAGGGUGAUAGUACCAAAUAA